AUGGCAACACGUUAUAAUUCUGUCCAUCGUUCUCCAAAUGGCCCUGGGGAUGGUCGCCCCACUGCCAAGCAGAUCAUCCAGGAUGAAGGCUUGGAAGGGCGACUGGACGGGAAGUCUGUCCUCAUUACUGGCUGUUCCUCAGGAAUCGGUGUUGAAACUGCUAAGGCACUCUUCCUAACCGAGGCUACGCUCUACCUCACUGCACGAAAUUUGGAUAAGGCAAGCAAAGCUCUCGGCGACCUAGUCAAUAGCAACCGUGUCCACCUCCUGGAACUUGCUCUAGACUCUCUCUCGAGCGUUCGGGCCUGUGCAGCCGAGUAUCUCUCCAAGAGCAACACCCUUGACAUCCUUAUUUGCAAUGCAGGAGUCAUGGCCACUCCCGAAGGCCGUACCAAAGACGGAUUCGAGACACAACUAGGCACGAAUCAUCUUGGACACUUUCUUCUCUUCAAUCUCAUCCAACCCUCACUAUUGGCGGCAGCAACUCACAGGCAGAGUUCUAGAGUCGUCGUACUGUCCUCGGCUGCUCACCGUUGGGGCGAGUUUGACCCGAGCAAUGUGAACUUUGAGGGCAACUAUGAACCCAUGGUAGCAUACGGAGCAAGCAAAACGGCAAACUUAUGGAUGGCGAAUGAGAUUGAAAGGCGGUACGGUGCUCUGGGCAUCCACGCAUGGAGUGUUCAUCCUGGCUUCAUCCAGACAGACCUCGGACGGCACAUGUCUAGGGAUCAACAGGAAGCAGCCAUGAAUGAUCCUUACCUUGCGUCCCUCCUGAAGAACCCCGAGCAGGGGGCUGCUACGAGCGUAUGGGCUACAGUAGCUUCAGCAUUGGACGGGAAGGGUGGCAAAUAUCUCGAGGAUUGCAGUAUUGCGGAGGCUUGGGAUUCUUCUGCCCCACAGUCGAUCCCUGGCUAUGGGGCUCAUGUUUACGAUGUCGAGAAAGCUAUCAAGUGCUGGGAGAAAUCAGUAGAGCUGGUCGGAAUUUAG